AUGACGGCCAUCAUCCGGAAGUUGCGCCGGAAGCGCAAGCUCUCCUCGGAACUGGACUCGCGGUGGGGAGAUGUCUCCAUCACCUAUCCCACCGAGGGGUCCUGGAGCCAGUGGGAUCAGCCUGCCGGUGUGGUGGCCCGGUCUCCUGAACGGGGACGACGACAUAGCUCUGUUGACACGACCGAUCGCCGCAGCUGGUCCUCGCCGCGCCAUCCGGUCAAUCGCACCUCGGGAGACUCGUCCCUGACUAUCCCGCGAGGCCACUAUGACUCCAAACUGCGCAAUCGACCCACGAAGAAGAUCCCCGCCCCGUUAUGCGCCACUCGCGAUCCCCCUCGCACAUGGCAGGAUUCCGCCUCGGAGGACCCGUCCAGCGAUACGUCUGAAGACGAUGACCCCGUGUCGGAGCUGGGGCCAUCCCGGGGACGGUACCCUCCUGCAUCCAAAUCGCCCCCGCUAUCCGUCACCUCCAAGAUGCGACGCUGCAGCAUCCAGAGCAAUACGACUGACGGCACGGCCUCGAUGCCGGUCACGGCCAGCUCCAAACACACCAGCUACACCUCGACGGUCCCCUCCGCACUGAGCGAGGGGCCUCGAUCUUUCCACCUCCCCACCCAACAAGAGAAAAUCAAGAGUCCUCGUUCUCCUUUCGUGAAAUCUCCACCCCCUCCGCCGCUACAGCUGCCACCGCAACCGCCCCAUCAGCCCCGGGGCCGGGAGCCCUACCGGGCGCCCGAGGUCGAGUCGACUGAACAGGAACUGGUGCCUUCCUAUGAGGAGCUGUACGGAUGAUACAUGGAUUCGAAUUUAUAG